AUGACCGCGAUCAUAUGGGUCGCGUUGCAGUGGCUCUGCAGCGUGCUGGUGCUGGUGCUGGUGAGCGCCGUGCUCGCAGAAACGUCGCCGGCAGGACCUGGCACAGCAGCAGCAGCGGGAGGUGGUACACCUCCUCGUUUCAGCGCCGGCAAGAGGGCCUUUGAGCUGCUGCUGGCGGCGUUGGAAAGGCUCGGAAUCCCCGUGGAAUGGACUAGGGGGGUUGUUGACGGAGGGGGCACCGCAGGAGAGAACAGAGGACGGGGGGGCGUGCUGAGGAGGUUCCGAUCGCGCAAGCGCUGUGCGUUGCCUUCCAAGCAGCAGCCCGGACAAGAGAGGGUGAGAGUUUCCCUGGAGGGAGCAAGCCUGUCAUUGAACGACGUCCGCGUCGUGGACAGCAAGUUCGCGUGCUACAAGAUAACGGUGGCCACGUCGACUACGGGUGCGAGCGCGGGCGCGCGUUGGGAGGUAUGGAGAAGAAUGGCGGACCUGAUCAAGCUGAAGGCGGCCUUGAGCAAGGUGUCGGCGGCAGACGUGGAACUCCCUCCCCUGCCUCACUCGUACCGGCGAAGCUUCGACGCUAGCCGCCUGGCGCGGCGACGGCGGAGCAUCCAGCACUUCUUGCAGGUGGCGGUGAAGCAGCCUGCCCUCAGGGACAGCGAUGCGCUGCUCGACUUCCUCUCUCCGGAAGGGCGGAAGAGCAUGCACUACAUGAAGAACGCCGUCAUGACCGGCACUCGACGGAUCGCGCGCCACGUGCCCAUGUCCAUGCCCAACCCGAAGGCGAUUCAGCGGCACAUACCCAUUCCAAAGGGAGUUCCAAAGUUUCCCACCAAGUACAACCCGUACAAGCGCUCAUCCACCCGGCGCAGCAACAACGACUUCUCGGAGGAUGCGGGUGGGUCAAUGGCCGACAUAUUCUCCGGCGCACACCUCGGCAACGGCAACGGCAACGGCGGCGCGGGGUCGGUGAGUGCCGGCCGCGGCGGCGGUGACGGCGAGAUGGACGGCUUGACUUGGCAGGCCCACGACGGGAUCGACGACAGCGGCGGCGUCAGCAGCAGCGGGGGCGCCGGCAUCGGAAGCAGCGGCGGAGGCGAAACGAGCAGCAGCGGCGGUGGCGGCGCCAGCGGCCUCUCCCCUCGCCGGAAGAGCUACCUUUGGAAGCGGCCGACGGCCAAGACCGGCGGAAACGGCGGCGGCGGUGGAGUGCAGAGCUAUACCAGCGCCGGCGCCAUUCUCCGGCCAAGGCCCGAUGCCGAGACGGUGACAGUCGCACCACAGGAGACCGGCGGCGGCGGCGCCGCCGCGUUGCUCGAUGGACGGCCGUCCGUUUCCGGCCACGCGGACGGGGGGGAGGCGAGAAGGGCAGCGGGGACCGUGCCCGGCGAUGUUCCGCACCAAGAGAGCGGGGCCGCUGACGCUGCUGCUGCUGCUACUGUCGCGGCUGUUGCCGGCGGCCUGGAGAACGGAGGGAGGAACAGGGUCGAUCUUUCGGGAAGAGCGGCGCGAAGUGGCGACGCUGGCGGCGGCAGUGGCGGCGGAGUCGAACUGCUCGCCGGCGUCAAGGAUGGCGGCGACGGGCACCGCUUCAGGGUCAGGGGCGCGUCCUUCUUGGCCGAUGGUCGGGAGGUACAGGCGGAACCGGCCGUGUGCCCCCUCGUCUACGCCGAGUUGUUCACUUUCGCCAGCGCCGACCGACCCCACGAGGUUCCGGCGGCGACGGUCGCAGAGGAGGCGUGUGCGUCAAGCGGAAGAGUGGACCACAUCGCCACCAAGGGGCGAUGCGCUUCGAAGAUCACAGAGCUUACGGCUAGAUCGGGGGGGCACGCGGGAGAGGGUCAUGCUGGGGGUAACGAUGAUGUUGAUGAGGAGGGUGGCCGCAGUAGGCUCGGUCCGCCAUUCCUGGUUAUCUUCAACUUCCAGAUCCCCGGCGAUCCUCCUUUGAGCCUCGUCGCAGCGUGGGCGGUGCACCCCGAGUGCCUGGGGCCUGACAGUCCCGAAUCCCUCCGCAGGUUUUUCGGGGUCUUCUACCGCCUGGUGGAUAUCCCAUUGUCGUCGCCACGGCCGUCGUCAGGAGAGACGAGGGCCGGAGGCGGGGGCGCCGCGGACGGGGAGGGGGGGGGCGCAGCGGUGGCGUCCCCCACCGCGAGCGGUUCGUUGACGCCGUCUGAUUCGCACCUGUGGGAAACGUCAGAUUCGGACCGUGAUUCUUCCGGGGAUGAGCUAGAGGGGGUGGGAGGGCGGAGUGGUGGGGGUGGUUUGACAAACGGGGGCGAUAAGAACAAGAUCGGCAACGUUUCAACGGGGGAAACACCGGCCGGAAAUCAGCGCAGCGGCACCGUGAAAGCAGCAGCAGACGGGGUGCCGGGGCAAGGUGAUCAGCAGAUAAAGCUGGCGGUGAGCCUGCUCGACGGUCCGCAGGUGGUGGCGGAGGCGCUGCCCGAGUCCGGGAGUUCUCUGCUGGGGCAUGAGGCAUCGCUACGGUAUUUCCGCGGGGAGAGGUACCUGGAGGUGGACGUGGACCUGGCGUCUUCUUCGGCAUCUUCGCAGGUUACGUCCCUCUGCCGAGAGCACGCCAAGAGCCUUUCCCUGGAGGUGGGCUUGAUCCUGCACGGAGAAUUGGAAAGCGAACUGCCCGAGAGUGUGCUGGGGGUUCUGAGAAUAGAUAAGCUGGACCCGCAGGACACGACGCGCCAUCGACUCCUUUGGGGGUCUUGA